ACCCGGGGGGGAUCCUCGGGAGGGCAGCAGGAAGGACCGGCUCGGUACCGCGGUACGAACGGCCUCCUCCUCCCUCUCUCCCGCUUUCUUCUCCCUCUCCUCGCCGCUCCGUGGCGGCGGCGGGCUGGCAGCCGGGAAGCUGUCUGCCCCUCUUCCCCCCCCAGCUGCCGGUAGGGAUGGUACGGGCCGGUGGGUCAGGCUGUGUCAGGCGCCCGCUGACACGGGACGGGGCGGGGGAGCCCGGAGCUGCGGAGGCCUGACGCAUGUGCUGAGCUCUCACCAUGAAUGCUAUUGUUGCUCUCUGCCAUUUUUGUGAGCUCCACGGUCCUCGCACCCUUUUUUGUACUGAGGUUCUACAUUCACCGCUUCCCCAAGGCGCAAGCAGUGGCGAUAUCUCUGGGCAGAAUGAGCAGGCAGAAGAGGAAGAAGGUGGCAUUCAGAUGAGCAGUCGGAUUCGCUCACACAGCCCAGCAGAAGGUGCCAGCGCCGACUCCAGCAGCCCAGGGCCGAAGAAGUCAGACAUGUGUGAGGGUUGCCGCUCUCUUGCAGGAGGACAUCCUGGAUACGUCAGCCAUGACAAAGAAACUUCAAUCAAGUACGUCAGUCACCAGCACCCAAACCACCCCCAGCUGUUCAGCAUUGUGCGCCAGGCCUGUGUUCGCAGUUUGAGCUGUGAGGUCUGCCCAGGACGUGAAGGCCCUAUUUUUUUCGGAGAUGAACAGCAUGGUUUUGUGUUCAGCCACACCUUCUUUAUCAAAGACAGCCUGGCUCGAGGUUUCCAGCGCUGGUACAGCAUCAUCACUAUCAUGAUGGACCGGAUUUACCUCAUCAACUCGUGGCCUUUCUUGUUGGGAAAAAUCAGAGGCAUCAUUGAUGAGCUUCAGGGCAAAGCACUUAAGGUGUUCGAAGCAGAGCAGUACGGGUGCCCUCAGCGUGCCCAGCGGAUGAACACGGCCUUCACUCCCUUCCUGCACCAGCGGAACGGCAAUGCAGCCCGCUCUUUAACGUCACUGACCAACGAUGAAAACCUGUGGGCAUGUUUGCAUACGUCCUUUGCUUGGCUUUUGAAAGCUUGUGGCAGCCGACUUACAGAGAAGCUUCUGGAGGGAGCACCAACAGAAGACACUCUCGUUCAGAUGGAAAAACUUGCAGACCUGAAAGAAGAGUCGGAAGGCUGGGAUGGUUCCGAGGAAGAAGAGAAGCCUUCUUCCCAGCAAGAUGUUGUGGAAGGGCAGGAGCUAUCUAAAUGCUCACCUGAAACAUCUUUGAUGCCAGAUUGCAACAGCUGGAAUGUAGCUCACAGAAGGCUGUCUGUCUUUCGCUCUCUCAGGCACAUGAGACAGGUUCUUGGGGCAUCAGCAUUCCGCAUGCUGGCUUGGCAUGUUCUGAUGGGGAACCAGGUCAUCUGGAAAGCUCGAGAUUCAGAUCUUGUCCAGUCUGCUUUUGAUGUGCUACGGACCAUGCUGCCUGUUGGUUGUGUGCGGAUCAUCCCCUACAGUGACCAAUAUGAAGAGGCAUAUCGGUGUAACUUCCUAGGGCUUAGCCCACACGUCCAAAUCCCAUCCCACAUAUUAUCAUCUGAGUUUGCAGUCCUUGUGGAAGUUCGCACUGCUACCCGGUCCAGUCUCUACCCAACCCUGUUUGAUGAUGAGCAGUCCCUCAACAAGUAUGAGUUUGUUGUCACCAGCGGUAGCCCUGUUGCCGCAGAUCGAGUUGGCCCUACAAUCUUGAACAAGAUCGAAGCCGCCCUGACCAACCAGAACCUUUCUGUAGAUGUUGUGGAUCAGUGCCUUGUUUGCCUGAAGGAGGAGUGGAUGAAUAAAGUGAAGGUCCUCUUUAAGUUCACUAAAGUGGACAGCAGACCCAAGGAAGAUACGCAAAAACUGCUGAGCAUUUUGGGAGCUGCGGAGGAGGACAACGUCAAGCUUCUCAAGUUCUGGAUGACUGGCCUGAGCAAGACGUACAAGUCCCACCUGAUGUCAACAGUUCGCAGCCCAACGUCCUCAGAGUCCCGGAACUAAAGGGUGCCCGACCACACUUGCUGCCUUCAGAUAAUAGCAGGGAACCCCAAGUUCCCACUGCUGAGCCUGCGGCAUGUGCAUUAGGCGGAUAGUGAAACUUCAUCGCUAUUCUUCUGGUCCUCAAACUAACUUGAAGAGUGACUUGAGUCUUCUCUAAUUGCUGUGAGACUGGACUAAUAAGUGCUGAUAAAUAGUGCUGCUGUCUGUCCUGAAACUCAACUCUAAAUCUAGACCUCCACACUCAAGACUAAAAUACAGCAACACUCAAAGAAUCAGUGUGAAGUAAUUAAAAUCCUGUACUGUCCUCAUUAAGCAUUAUGGUGCAGCAGUAGACCUCAGUUUUAUGUUUCAUUGGCAAGACUUGGAUACCUGUGACAACAUCGAGAACUCCUGGGAGUGGAUACAGUUAAUCUCUCCGAAUCCCACAUAAAUCUCCUAAAUGCCUGAGAGAACAAGAACCAAAAAUAAGUGACAUGUCACAGGGUAUGGAUCACGUGUAAAUUAUUUCAAACCACUUUAUGCUUGGAUUUAAGAAGAGACUAUUUUCUGCUGUAGCAUAAGUCAGGAUAUCCUAUUGGAGUCCUGUCACUCCACUUUAUUUAUUUAUAUCUUAACUUGACACAGUUUCAGCAUUUGCUUUGGAAAUCUUGUCUGGGAGGGGGAAUCGUAAUAGAAGAAGCUCAAAGUGUGCAGCCUGCUUGCCUCUCUCGAGGGUAGAAUACUCGCCUUGUUUUGCCUGUGGUUGCAAAACUUCCAGGUAAUGAAGAUAACCUCACCAGGAUAAGGUUGCUGGUGUUCUUCUGUCUUCAGAAAUAGUUUUCUAACUUCCUAAUUAAGUUAAGCAGAAAAGAUCCAACCUGUAGGUGCUCCCUUCUUAUAUCACUCUAUAGUAGCCAUUUUGAAUGCUUAAUAGUUCAUGGAAACAUUGGUGCAUUUUUUAAUUACCUAAACAGAUAUUCCUUAUCUGUAUUGUAAGGAAUUACUGUUUCUGUUGUGAAGUCUUUUGUUUGUUUGUUUUUGGGGUUUUUUCUGGAUUGUUGUUGGGAAAACUUGACAUUACCGCAGACGUUUUUAAUCUAGAGGCAGGUUUUACCCAGGUGACCUUCUACACUCAUUCGAACGAGACUCAAAGUUCAGAGGGGAUGUUCCAACUUGUCACGAGUUCUGUUCUUAUGUAUAAAAUAUGCAGGUUGAUUUUUGUUUGGAACAUCUGUAAUAUGGAGACAGGCAUUAAAUCUCAUUAAGAGCUAUUUUUGUAAAAUGGACAAA